CGCAGGCGGAAGUGGUACUGCCCUGAAUCCCCUGAGCAGCGAGAGGAGGACGGCUCGACCAAGCCUCAGCGGCCACAGCAGAAAAUCGCCAAAUCUCCUUCCUACCUGACAAACCCGCGAAAUGGACAGGAACGACCUGGUGCAGAGCGCCAAGAUGGCCGAGCAGGCCGAGCGCUACGACGACAUGGCGGCCACCAUGAAGCAGGUGACGGAGCAGAACAAGGACCUGACCAACGAGGAGCGCAACCUGCUGUCCGUGGCCUACAAGAACGUGGUGGGAGCUCGCCGUUCGUCCUGGCGCGUCAUCUCCAGCAUCGAGCAGAAGACGGAGGGCUGCGAGAAGAAACAGCAGAUGGCUCGCGAAUACCGCCUCAAGAUCGAGGCUGAGCUCCAAGACAUCUGCAACGAUGUGUUGAAACUUCUGGACGACUUCCUCAUCAGCAACACGAAGGUGGCGGAGAGCAGAGUGUUCUACCUCAAAAUGAAAGGAGACUACUUCAGAUACCUGUCGGAGGUGGCGUCCGGCGACAACAAGAAGACUACGGUGACAAAAUCCCAGGAAGCGUACCAGAUGGCGUUUGACAUCAGUAAGGAGGAGAUGCAGGCCACGCACCCCAUCCGACUCGGCCUGGCCCUCAACUUCUCCGUCUUCUACUACGAGAUCCUCAACUCGCCGGAUCAGGCCUGUACUCUGGCCAAGCAGGCUUUCGACGACGCCAUCGCCGAGCUCGACAGCUUGAACGAGGAAUCGUACAAAGACAGCACGCUGAUUAUGCAGCUACUAAGGGACAACCUGACUCUGUGGACAUCAGAAAACCAGGGUGACGAGGUGGAGGCCGGCGAGGGCGAGAAUUAGUACCACGCACCUUUCCAACCCGACACCUUUGCCAUCCAACCUCCGCUCUUACUCCUGUUUCCUAUCUUCAUGCACACAAACGUUCAUUCCUUCUUCGUCUUUAUCUUCUGUAUAAGAAGCAGCCGCAUGACCCCCCCCCCCCUUUCCCUUCCUCUCCCCCCCAGCUGAACCUGGCACUCCACAAGCUCCUUUAGAACCUUCUGGCCCGUCCUAUCUCACUGGGAGGUUUUUUUUUUUUCCCUUUUAAAUCUUACCACCAUUUUCUUCCUACUUCCUUUUCUUAACUUCUUUUCAGCUUCUUAGUCCUGCCCACUGGCUGCUUUUAUUCCACUUUAAUCCAAACAAGACAAAAAAAGGUUAUUAAACUGUGUGUUUAUUUUCAA